UCUAUCCAAGAUGAAGUUCUCGCUCCUAACCCUCGGCGCCCUCGCCUUCUCUGCGCAGCAAGCAUCUCUGGUGCGAGGUGAAGGAGACAACACCUCCGGUCAGCAGGCCAAAGAUGGAGUUUGCAACCCGAAUAGCUCACUCAGCUUCAAUAUUACACGAGCUGGUGAAUCUGUCCUUUUCACCUGCAGUGAAACCGUCUCGAACCUGGACCCGGCGUUCAGCGACACCAUCCCAGAAAUGUAUGAGGGGAACAGUAAAGUUAGAAUUCUCGAAUUCCUCCCUGGCGCGACUCUCCAAAAAGUCGAAACGACCGGGGAAUCGCGCAGCAGUGGCAGUGGGAAGACUUUCAACUUCACAGUCCCCAUCUUGCCCUCUGACGAGCAUCAGCUCCAUGUCAACUGCACGAAGACAACUGCUAGUACUUUCCGCAACGGCGAUGAAAACAAAGACUGCAAAGUUACCUUCAACAUCGCUUCCUCGGCUGUCCGCGCCGGUCUGGCCAUGAGCGCCGUCGUCGGUGUCGUUGCAUCUCUCCUUCAGUUCGCUUAAGCGCCUCACGUAUCUCCAGUGCAUCUGCCUGUUGUUGUAGCGGGUCUCUACUAAUGAGACAGGGUUCGUACCCUGUUAUUUAUCUGCUGCUAUGCACCGUAAGUUCAGUGGUGGGCGGCCAGCCGCCACAUCACGUGAUGAGUCUCUCUGAACCUUGUUUUCUCUAUGGAAUCCAAAAACUUGUUCCCAC